AUGGGGGAACCAAUUCAGGAUAAGACACUGCCCAAUGGCGUCACUCAGCUCAGUGUCUUGCCAGAGGGACACGAUCCUUUCCAGCCUUACAAAGUGGAGCAGUUUGAUACUGGUCUGAAAUACGACACUCUGCAAGUCCAUGGUGGUCAUCGGCCCGACAAAGAAACACAUGCCCGAGCAGUUCCUAUCUAUAACAGCGUUUCAUUCGUCUUCACCGACAGUGCCCACGCCAAAAGAGUGUGCGCAACUGAGGAAGCUGGAUACUUCUACAGCAGGAUCUCCAAUCCCACUGUGGCUGUGUUCGAGAAACGAGCCGCCGCUCUGGAAGGAGCCACGGCCGCUGUUGGUACGGCAUCUGGCCAAGCAGCAAUCUUCAACACCAUCAUUUGCCUAGCCGGGGCAGGCGACAACGUGGUGGCCUCCAUCAAUCUGUAUGGAGGUACAUACAGCCUUUUUAAAACACUGUUGCCUCGACUUGGCAUUACUGUGAAGUGGGCCAAGCAAGAAACAAAGGAGGAGUUUGCCAGACACAUCGACGAAAACACGAAAAUGUUCUUCGUCGAGAGUAUUGGCAACCCGCGUUGCAGUAUUCCUGAUCUCCAAGGCCUGGCUGAUGUGGCACACGAAAACCAUAUCCCAUUUGUGGUUGACAACACGUUUGGUGCUUGUGGCACGUGGUGCCGGCCUAUCGAGUUUGGUGCAGACAUCAUCUUACAUUCCGCCACAAAAUGGAUGGGUGGUCACGGAACAACAGUCGGCGGAGUGAUCAUCGACUGUGGCACUUUUGACUGGGGUGCAGCAGGCGAGAGAUUCCCUCGGAUGAUCAAGAAAGAUGGACCAAUGAGUUUCUCAUACUGGAAAGCCUUUGGAAACAUAUCUUUCGCCAUGGCUAUGAGGAUUGACAUUUUGAUGGAGGUGGGCUCGAUUCUAAGCCCAGCCUCUGCACAGCAACUUCUCAUCGGGAUGGAAACGUUGAGUCUGCGGUGCGAACGACAUGCAAAAAACACUUUGGAAGUUGCUCGCUUUUUGGAGUCACAUCCAAGAAUUGCAUGGGUAAACUAUCCCGGCCUCGAAAAAAACCAAUAUCACCAAAACGCCCAACGCUAUUUGAGAAACGGCUUUGGAGGCGUUCUCUCAUUUGGUCCAAAAGGAGGAGAUGUGGCCAGCAAAAUGCUUUUGAACUACGUUAAGGUUAUUUCCCAUCAAACCAAUGUUGGCGACUCAAAAACAUUGGCUACCCAUCCCUGGAACUCAACACAUGUUAUUAUGUCUGAAAAGGACAGGAGAGAAGCAGGAAUCACACCCGUGAGUCUCAUCAGAACAUACAGCGACCUGUCCCUUAAAGACUUGCCAGCUAAUGACAAUUUACGACAGGCUUUUAUCAGAUUCUCGGUUGGGACAGAGGACGUAAGAGAUAUCAUCGAAGAUCUUGACCAAGCAUUGGCCAAGCUUCCGGAGAACAUUGUCAACACCCAUGAUGAGAAGCUGGAGGCUAAAGUCACAGCGGCUGCAAAUGGCAUUAUGGACACUUAUGGCGGCGGCAACGGGGAUGUAGACUUUAUUGAUGCGGAUAUUUCGCUGUCUAAGUCCAAUGUUCCCUUGGGACGUCAAACUGCAGUCGGUAACUGGUAG